CACGGUUAAACACGCGUAUUGUCGUUCAGCCGUCUCGCGUUAUUUCCAUCGCGUGUGAUAUUCGCAUUUAUUAUUUCAAUAAGCAAUUAUUUAGUGAAGAAGACUUAAAUAGCAAAUGGCUUGAACGCAAGUUUUUUUUUUUUACUUCCGUUCGAUUUGUGCAUAAAGACUUCAAAUCGCUGGAUUAAAGUUCAUAUUGCCGAGGUGUCAAAGUCUGGAUGAACUUUUAGUGAAGACAAACUAAUGGAGGCAAUGGUUGUCUGGGAUUAUUGGCAUAAAUUCGGAAUUCAGUAUCUAAUAUUUACCAUGACAUCGAUAAAAAUGGUAUUGGAUGCAAAACCAAUAGUUCCAGCAGAAAUAAGCAAGGAAGAAAUAAGUCCAUACUGGUCAUUCAACGAGACUGCUGAUAUAUCAAAGUACGAAGAUUUCGACCACAGAAAGUUCUUAGAACACGAACUGCACCUGGACGUGUCCGACCCGGCGACCGCCGUCGAUGACCAGCCUCCGGUGAAGCUGCGCACCACUACGUUGGCGCCGUCCACGCCGACCCCCGAGCCGAUCAUUCACGUGGGCACGACAAACGUUACGGUCCAGCUGGGCAGCACGGCGUUGCUUCACUGCGAGAUAGCCAACUUGUCCGAGAAAAUGGUGUCUUGGGUACGACGGAGAGAUUGGCAUAUACUGAGCUCCGGAGUGUUGACGUACAUAAAUGACGGACGUUUCCGAGUGUUUCAUUCGGAGAAAAGUGAUGACUGGGAUUUAAGGAUAUCACCAGUAGCCAAGAUCGACAACGGUACUUACGAAUGCCAGGUGGGUACGGGCACCGGUAUUAUGACACAUUAUUUCAACUUGUUCGUGAUUGUGCCUACGGCUGUGAUAUCGGGCAGUGAUGAGUACCAUACACCCGAAGGAAAUUCAAUAGUAUUAUGUUGUAAAAUUGAAAAUAGCCCGGUACCGCCGCAAUACGUGUUAUGGUAUCAUAAUGGCAAAGUUAUAUCAUCCGGUCAUUUUAAUAAAAAUGGACUGAAAACUGAUCGCCUGUCUAUUAGUACGGAACAGAUAGAUCGUAAAAUUUACAGUCGCUUGACAAUCACAAAAGCAAUCCAGAUUGAUACAGGAAAUUAUACGUGUCAGCCUCCAAACACUGACCCAGACUCUACUUACAUUCACAUCACGCCAGAAAUUGACAACACAGCAGCAAUUCAACGACAUAAAAGCUCAAAUUCAGCUCUGUUAGUGACAGAAUUGUCAAUUUUCCCAUUGACAUCUUUUCUUCUUAUUGGACACAAUGGAUUUCGAUGGGUUUUUUUAUAAGUACAACUAUAUUUGGUUUUUACUAAAUUGAGUAAUUCAAAUAUUUUUGGUGUAACCUUUACCAUAUUAAACUUUGUUUUGAUGUUAAUAAAAUAUUAACGUACGUUUCACGGACUUACUAAAACUGUUAAGAAGUUCUUUGUAAACUAAAAUAAUUUUCCAUAAUCUUAUUGUAUACAAAUCAUGUAUAAAAGAAAAUAUAUAUUAUCCUUUUUGAGGUUUCAAAUGGUAGGAAAAAAUUUAUUGUAUCCCAGCGCUUUACAUUUUUAGUUUAAAGUUGUAUUGGGAUUUUUUUUUCGUUUCAUGUUGGCUGAAAAACUUAAAAACUUGUAUUAUACAUUCCUCCCAUUUCGAAUUUUACCACAUUAUUUUAAACGUUUUAUUUUGUCAUUAAUUUAUUCUAUUUUUUCAAGAUAGUUUAUUCUAUGUAACUGGUUUUGUUGGCGGAAAUCCCAAUAAUUGUACUUAAAAUAAGUAAUUAUAUAUUUUAUUUUUUUUAAUUUAUUGUACAUAAUAUAGUUGUUAAUGAUUUAAACGUUUUAACGGACAUUGUCGUAUAUUAUGUUAUUAUCUCUUAAAUGAAUUACUUAUUGAAGUUACAGCGUUAUGUAAUAGUAAUAAUAUAUUAGUAGUAAUUAUGUUCAUUUCUCAAGUAUUUUAGAUCUACUAUUAAUCAACAUCCAAACAUACUGAUAGGUAGUUCCAUUAAAUUAUUGUAUUCUAUCAUUGAUAAAAUGAUUGAUAUUUUUAAUUGAUUUGUUUAAAAUUACUAUUCCUACUUUGUUAAAUUACUUUAGUUAAUUUAAGUCAAUGGGUGGUUAAGAAUUUUAAAAUUUUAA